AUGCUGUUUUUCCGCCGAGGAGAUCCCGGAGCCCGGCGCCUGCUGCCCUGGCUCCUGCUGUUGGCAGCCUGGCGGGCGGGCAGCGCCCAGCUGCGCUACUCGGUCCCCGAGGAGGCCCAGCACGGCACGUUCGUGGGCCGCCUGGCGCAGGACCUGGGGCUGCCGCUGGCCGAGCUGGUGCCGCGCCUGUUCCGGGUGGCGUCCAGGGCCGGCGGGGACCUGCUGGAGGUGAACGUGCAGAACGGCAUCCUGUUCGUGAACGCGCGGAUGGACCGCGAGGCGCUGUGCGGGCGGAGCGCGGAGUGCAGCGUGCACCUGGAGGUGGUGGUGGAGCGGCCGCUGCAGGUGUUCCACGUGGAGGUGGAGGUGAGGGACGUCAACGACAACCCGCCCGUGUUUCCAGUGGCUGUAAAACACCUGUUUAUCUACGAAUCCCGGCAGCUUGGCUCUCGGUUUCCACUGGAGGGCGCCUCGGACGCAGACAUCGGAGCAAAUUCGUUGUUGACUUACAGUCUGGAUCCCGUUGAAUAUUUUACCUUGGAUGUUAAGAGAAAUGAUGAGGGAAUUAAAUCCCUUGGUCUCGUGUUGAAAAAGCUUUUAAAUCGGGAGGAGACCCCUGAGCAUCAUCUGCUGAUAACGGCAACUGAUGGCGGCAAACCAGAGCUCACUGGCACGACUCAGCUCAGGAUCAGCGUUCUGGAUGUGAACGACAACGCCCCAGCCUUCGAGAGGGCGAUCUACAAAGUCAGACUGCUGGAAAACGCGCCGAAUGGAACCCUGGUGGCCAUCGUCAACGCCUCCGAUUUGGACGAAGGAGUUAAUAAGGACAUCACCUACUCUUUCAAUACAGACACGUCACAAGAUAUUCGGAAGAAAUUCUACUUACACCCGGACAACGGACACAUCGUUGUGCAGGGAAACAUAGAUUUCGAGGAAACUCAGUCAUAUGAAAUCCAGGUACAGGCGACAGAUCAAGGAAUUCCUCCACUGGCUGGUCACUGCACGGUUCUAGUAGAAAUUGUGGACAUCAAUGAUAACACACCCGAGUUGGUCAUCAAAUCACUAUCAUUGCCUGUAUCAGAAGACGCUCCGGUGGGCACGGUGGUCGCCCUGGUCAGCGUGUCCGACCGCGACUCGGGCGCCAACGGGCAGGUGAGCUGCGCCCUGACGCCCGACGUGCCCUUCCGGCUGCUGUCGACCUUCAGGAACUACUACUCGCUGGUGCUGGAGAGCGGGCUGGACCGCGAGCUGGUGUCGGGCUACGGCGUGGUGGUGACGGCGCGCGACGCGGGCUCGCCGGCGCUGCGGGCGUCGGCCAGCGUGUGGGUGGAGGUGGCGGACGUGAACGACAACGCGCCCGCGUUCGCGCAGGCCGAGUACACGGUGUUCGUGAGGGAGAACAACGCGCCGGGCUGCCACCUGGUGACGGUGUCGGCGCGCGACGCGGACGCGCGGGAGAACGCGCGCGUGUCGUACUCGCUGGUGGAGCGGCGCGUGGGCGAGCGCCUGCUGUCGAGCUACGUGUCGGUGCACGCGGAGAGCGGGCGCGUGCACGCGCUGCAGCCGCUGGACCGCGAGGAGCUGGAGCUGCUGCGCUUCGAGGUGAGCGCGCGCGACGCGGGCGUGCCGGCGCUGGGCAGCAACGUGACGCUGCAGGUGUUCGUGCUGGACGAGAACGACCACGCGCCGUGGGUGCUGCCGCGGGGCGCGGGCGGGCCGGCGAGCGAGGCGGUGCCGGUGUGGGUGUCGCGGUCGGCGGGCGCGGGCCACGUGGUGGCGAAGGUGCGCGCGGUGGACGCGGACGCCGGCUACAACGCGUGGCUGUCGUACGAGCUGCAGGCGGCGCCGAAUGCGAAUGCGAAUGCGAAUGGGGCGGUGGCGGCUGCGUCGGGCGGGGCGCGGCUCCCGUUCCGCGUGGGGCUGUACACGGGCGAGAUCAGCACGACGCGCAGCCUGGACGAGGCGGACUUGGCGCGCCAGCGGCUGCUGGUGCUGGUGAAGGACCACGGCGAGCCCGCGCUGACGGCCACGGCCACGGUGCUGCUGUCGCUGGUGGACGGCGGGCAGGCGGCGGCGGCGGCGUCCUCGUCGCGGGCGGGUGCGGCGACGGCUGCGGCGGGCGGCGCGGCGGCGCUGCUGGACGUGAACGCGUCCCUGAUCGUGGCCAUCUGCGCCGUGAGCAGCCUGCUGGUGCUGACGCUGGUGGUGUGGACGGCGCUGCGGUGCUGGGUGCCGGCCGCGGAGGGCGCGUGCGGGCCGGGGCAGCCGGCGCUGGUGUGCGCGAGCGCGGUGGGGAGCUGGUCGUGCUCGCAGCGGAGGCGGCAGCGGGUGAGCGGCGGCGAGGGCGCGCCCAAGGCCGACCUCAUGGCCUUCAGCCCCAGCCUUCCUCCGGGUCCAGAAAGCGAGGAUGGAAUGAAUGUGGACGUUGACCACUCCAGCAAAUGUUGGAAUUCGGGACUGAAUUUGAACUAA